AUGCGGAGAACUAUUUGGGUUCAACUUGCGAGUCGCAAGAUGUUCCAUUUCGCCAAUGGCAGUGCCUCGGACAGUAAACUGGUUGUUUGGAAGAUCCCCAUUUACCUCAAGGGCUUCUAUGGGGAGGUCUAUUCAGCUGAAGUUCCCGAUGGCACCACUCCCUUGCUGUUAUCCAUUGCUUCAAUGUCCGCACUGGACAUGGUGAUCCGGUUGAAAGACCAGGUUGUUGAGGUCCACACCUUGGGCAUUCGUUUGCCUUUGAUGACCACCAAGACCAACCACCUGGCUAUUUUUGUUGCUUUUGAUGCAGAUGAAACCCAGCAACCAACCAAGCUGCAUGAGCCACGAGCUGUGUCCGAGAAAGAGGAUUUGUUGGUUUAUUACAACGAAGAGUUAUGUUUUUCAGUUUUAGCAGAUCUUCCUCUACCUCCAGAAGAACCAUGUUUUAGCAGCUCGAAGGCAGCGCCUUGUUUGGUGCCCAGAACCAUCAAAACCGGAGACCCGUGUGGUCAGUUGAGCAAGCGGCGAGUGCAAGAGUUGGCAGCCUCAGUGCAGCACAUCCGAGAGCAAGAUGUCAGGACAUGGGCUGCAUUGAAACGUCGAUACACCAGAGCAGAGCAACAUGCCACAGUUGAUUUCCAGAACACAGUGGUUUUUGAGCCAUUUGGUGGCAACUUUGGUGUGACACGUUUAGCAGCAGCCGAGUUCGGAUGGACGAACUCUCAACCACUGGAUUUGUUAGAUGGGUAUGACCUGUUGAGUUCACGUGGUGAGGGUUUGUUGUGGACAGUUUUGCAUGAGCGCAAACCAUAUCUUGUUUUGAUAGCCUUCGACUGUCGCAUUUGGAGUCUACUCACAAAUUUGUCGCCCAGCCGCAAUUGGGAGCAAUUGAGGAGCACCUUGGAUCGUCGGACAUUGAUGCUGAUUGCACGCAUUUGUUUCUUUCAACACUUUCAGGGUCGAUACUUGGAGAAUCCUCUUGGUUCCAUGGCAUGGGUUUGGCAAGGCAUUCUCAAGAGGCUCAUGAGUAUUACCAAGUUUUGUGCUGGAGACCAAUGUCGCUAUGGCUUGAAGGAUCGGGAGAAUCGUUGUCCGAUUCAAAAGCCUACAGGAGUUGCGUCGAGCAAUCUGUCGAGGGAUUUUGAGGAUCUUUUGCAGAGGACGCUGGACAUGAUGAUCGAGCAAGGUGUUGGCGAAUGGUUGAGGAUCCAUGUGGAGGAUGAGCUGGGUCGUGAAUGGGCAGCACAUGAAUCCGCCCAUGCUGAGGUCACCCUGAUCUUAGCUUCAAGAACGGCUCGGAGAAUGAAGAAGCCACAGCCACAUGCAGGUCCACAAGAAGUUCCCCUUCGCCGAUCCUACCUUCUCUUGGGAUCGGGACAAGCAUUGUCCACUCAAUGGGAGGAAUGGCACCGCAUGGCAGCAGCAGCACAGAUUCGACCUUUGGUGGCAAAAGACAGAGCAUUGUAUUUGGUUCUUUAUGGAAGUGAACUUGGAGGAGCGGUUCCUUUAGAGCUGGAUGAACGGCUUGCGAGAAAGGAGCAAGAGCGUGACAGACAGUGGCAAGCACUUCCUCGAGAUCUGAAGAUGGCCAUUCGCAAAAUUCAUGUCAACUUGGGCCACGCCGACACCAGGAUGGCGGCUCGUGAAGCCUUUGCCAAGGUUGCCAACAGCGAGUCCUUGCGCCGUGCAGAGUGGAGACAAGUUCGACCCUCCAGAGGUCCAUUUCCAAUUGGAGCCUAUGUUUUCUACUACGAUGCUCAAGACAGAGAGCCCGGGCCCAAUUGUUGGAGAGGAGUUGGUCGGGUUGUUGGACAUGAGGGCAAAAGCACAGUUUGGGUGUCGCACAGAGGCAUUUUGUUGGCGGUAUCUCCAGAGCAGUUGAGUUUGGCAGUUGGUGAUGAGAUACAACAGUGGCUCAUUGUUGCAAAAGAGACUGAACUCAUUGAUGCUAUGCCGGCAGCAGGUGGUACAGGAUUUUUGGAUUUGAGACGAGCACCAAAGCCUGAUCCAAUGCCACCUCAAGAUGAGGAGGACCCUCAGCCGCUUGCAUUGGAUGGAGAGAUGCCAUAUUCUCCUAGUGAGGCACCGCCGCAGAAGGAGGAGAUGCCAGCAAUUGAAGCUCCAGCAAACACUGAACCUGCGCAGCAACGCGGGGUCGUCGCGACCUCGCAGAUCCUGACGGGCCUCUUGGAAGGGCUCCAAUGUGACAGCAACACCAUCGUUUAUGACUACUGGGAUGGCAGCUCGGAGGCGGGCGCAAAGCAACGACCUACAGCAAAGUUCGACAUGGAGCAGCCAACCUUGCAAGUUUGCACAGUGACCUCCACAGAGCUGAAGUUGUCAGAUGCAGUCCUGGAGGGUGCAGGGAGUGGAUCCGACUGUUUGACGGCUUUAGUGAAGAAGUUCAACGAGACACAUGACCUGUCAGUUCUUGAGGAAGCAAUUCAAGUUGCUCGCGCAGACGAUCCCCCCACUUUCCGACAAGAUCCAGUGCUGCGUGGACAAAGAGCUAUCCGUUUGGCUUGUCAACGCGUCAGAGACGGAGACCGUCAACGUUUCAUGCGGAGAACUAUUUGGGUUCAACUUGCGAGUCGCAAGAUGUUCCAUUUCGCCAAUGGCAGUGCCUCGGACAGUAAACUGGUUGUUUGGAAGAUCCCCAUUUACCUCAAGGGCUUCUAUGGGGAGGUCUAUUCAGCUGAAGUUCCCGAUGGCACCACUCCCUUGCUGUUAUCCAUUGCUUCAAUGUCCGCACUGGACAUGGUGAUCCGGUUGAAAGACCAGGUUGUUGAGGUCCACACCUUGGGCAUUCGUUUGCCUUUGAUGACCACCAAGACCAACCACCUGGCUAUUUUUGUUGCUUUUGAUGCAGAUGAAACCCAGCAACCAACCAAGCUGCAUGAGCCACGAGCUGUGUCCGAGAAAGAGGAUUUGUUGGUUUAUUACAACGAAGAGUUAUGUUUUUCAGUUUUAGCAGAUCUUCCUCUACCUCCAGAAGAACCAUGUUUUAGCAGCUCGAAGGCAGCGCCUUGUUUGGUGCCCAGAACCAUCAAAACCGGAGACCCGUGUGGUCAGUUGAGCAAGCGGCGAGUGCAAGAGUUGGCAGCCUCAGUGCAGCACAUCCGAGAGCAAGAUGUCAGGACAUGGGCUGCAUUGAAACGUCGAUACACCAGAGCAGAGCAACAUGCCACAGUUGAUUUCCAGAACACA